AUGGCCGCUCGUAACGCCGAAAUGAAUGGAAAUGUGGAGCGCCAGCGCGGUCAGGAGGACGUGGAGCGGUCCUUUUUGGACCAUCUACGCCGAUCAUCGGGCGAAUGGGUCGGCACCCUCCUGCUGUUGGUGCAGGCAAUGUGUGUGCUCCCAUCUCCGCGUGAAAUCGCGGAGUACAUCGAAGAAAACUGGGCCGACCUGAGGCGGUACUGCCCGCCAAGUCUGAGUAAAGAAUAUUUUGGUGCGUAG